GGCGCAUCUCUCCCCGGCGCCGUUGCUAGGGACGUCCGUGCGGCGAGCGAGGCUGCGGCGGGCGGUUGCUAAGGGCCGCGCCCGGGGGAGAAGUUGAGGGUUUGUGUAGCAGCUGGAAGGCGAAUCCCACCCUCGCUCUUUCUCCCGGAGCGGAGGGCGUCGCUCCGAAGGCUCCUUCCCGGGAGAGCGCCCCAGUUCCUUUUCUAGUCCCCUCGGCGGCCGAGGGCAGAGAGCGCCCUCCUCUCGCCCAAGAUGUCUCAUUUUUCUAGUGAAGAUGAAGCUCUUUUGCAGUCUAUGCUCAGACAGUUACUGCAAAGUGUCAAAGAAAAAAUCACAGGAGCGCCAUCAGUAGAGUGUGCAGAAGAGAUUCUUCUACAUCUGGAGGAAACAGAUGAAAAUUUUCACAACUAUGAAUUUGUGAAGUAUCUUAGGCAAUAUAUAAGUAGCAUGCUGGGCUCCGUAAUAGAAGAAGAAACUGAGAAAUGUACAUCUGCACAAAAUCAGGGUGAAGGAUCUGGCUAUGAUACACUGGUACAGCAUGUUACUAAAAAGACUCGAGAAUCAAAAGAGUAUAGAGAAAUGAUGCAUUCUCUGAAGAAUGUUAUGAUGGUUGUAGUUGAAUCUUUAAUUAACAAGUUUGAAGAAGAUCAGAUGCGCUAUAAGGAAAUUCAGAGGAAAGUGAAAACAGAACAGCACAGCAGUUACUAUACAGAUAAUUGCUCUGAUAGUGAUUCUUCAUUUAAUCAGAGUUACACAUUCAUGAAUCAAGAACAAUUGCAACUACUGGUAGAAAGGCUUGAUCCGGCACAACCUAAGGAGGUGCGUCAGGAAGCUAUGCAGACAUUGUGUUCUGCUCCUCCAUCUGAUAUAUUAAACUGUGAGAGUUGGGCUAAUUUACGUAAACAUCUUGCAACAGCACUUUCAGAUCCGGAUUCCAGUUUCAGUGACAAAGUUUUGAAAUUCUAUGCCAAGACAUUUUCUUCCUCUCCACUAAAUAUGACAAGGGAACUGUAUAUAAGUUUGGCAAAGUAUUUAGAGAUGUACUUCCUUUCUGAAGAUAGUUAUGUUCCUACCAUAUCAAUAGGUAUUGAUAUAAGCAACCCAGAUAUAAUCCGUUUACUUAAAAAGAUACGUCUGCUAAAUGAGUACCAGAGGGAAGUACCAUCUUUUUGGAUUCGUCAUCCAGAAAAGUACAUGGAAGAAAUAAUGGAGAGUACCCUGUCACUUUUGUCAGCAAAGCGUGAGUCAAGCCACCCUGUUUCUUUGGAUCCUGUGUACUUCUUGGCUCUAGUUGAUCUCAAGGCUGUUUGGUUUAAAAAAUGGAUGCAUGCAUAUUAUAGCAGAACAGUGGUGCUAAGGCUACUUGAAAAAAAAUACAAAUCUUUGAUUAUUGCAUCUGUUGAGCAGUGUGUUUCCUAUCUUGAAACUUGUGAAUCAGUGAUUGAUAAAACAGGCAGGUUUAAUUCUUUCUCCACAUUGCAUAAUGGUAAUAAACAGAAGAAUGUUUACACUGGAAAAGAAUUACAGUAUAUAUAUUUUGUUCAUUCCCUGAGCCUCUUAGGAAGAUUGUUGAUAUAUAAACAAGGCAGAAGACUUUUUCCUAUUCAGCUGAAAAACAGAAAAGAUUUGAUGUCCUUGACAGACCUUGUCGUAAUGUUUACUCGUCUUAUCUAUUGCGCCCCAAAUUGCCCAAAGACUCUUACAGUGCAUUCAGGCAAUUAUUCUCCAGCAGGCCUUAUUACUGAUGUGCUCGGAAUUCUUUGUGAGAGAAAAGAAUGUGCAACUGAAUGUCUAUAUACUAAUACAGUGAUAGAAGCACUUCUUCAGCCAAUACAUUAUUUACUGAAUGGAACAGAGGUGCAUCUAAAUUCUCCUGAAACAACUCUAAUAUAUAUAGCUGAUAUUUUGGCAAGGAUUGCUGCUGCAGAUGAUGGUCUUUCACUCCUACUCUAUGGAGGAGAGAAGCCCUCUGCCAUGGAGGGUGGUAGCCUUAGGGGUGCACAUACUAUCGUUCAGUUUACAAAGAAGCUUCUUGAUGAAGACAUUUCUGUUCUUUCUGGGUCUGAGAUGUUGCCAGUGCUCAAAGGUGCUUUCAUCUUUAUAUGCCACCAGAUGUAUAGUACUUGCGAAGGCUUAGAGGUCUUGCUACCUUACCAUUUACAUGGAUCUAUUUCUGAGGCUUGGAAAAAGACUAGUUUGCUUUCGGAGAGAAUUCCAACGCCCGUUGCGGGGGCAGAUUGUGUGUCAUCAACAAGUCAAGAAUCACAGAGCUUAUUUUUUGUACGCCAAGAUCAUCUUCAGGUGCCCUUCUCAAUGUACCCCCACAAUUUCAGUAUUGUACUGGAAGAGACGUUGUUGGAUGACUUGCUAAAUUUUGCAGCUACACCUAAAGGGCUUUUGCUGCUGCAGAAUACAGGAACAGUAAACGAGUGUGUGACUUUCAUGUUCAACAGGUUCACAAAAAACCUCCAAGUCUGUGGAUUUGAAAAGUUUGGCUAUGGAGCAAUUGUAUCGCAAGUAGCUGCAACAGCUGCAGGUGCUGUAGCUCUGCAGAGUUCAGGAUUUAUAAAAGCACUUGUUACCGAAUUGUGGGGUGUUCUAGAGUGUGGAAGAGAUGAUGUCCGAGUAACUCAUCCCAGAUCAACACCAGUUGAUCCCAUUGAUCGGAGCUGUCAGAAGUCUUUUCUAGCUCUGAUAAACUUGUUAUCCUACCCUGCUGUUUACGAACUGAUAGGUGAUCAAGCGAUACCUAAUAAACCAGAAUAUUCUCUCCGUGAAGUUCCUACAGAUAUUAUAGAUAUCAUUGACAGGCUUAUAAUUGUGAACACAGAAGCUAAAAUUCAUUCAUUGUUCAAUUAUGAGCAGUCUCAUAUCUUUGGCCUGAGGUUAUUAAAUGUGCUCUGCUGUGAUCUAGAUACACUUCUACUUUUAGAAUCUCAGUAUAAGGUAUCAGAAGUGCUCUUAGAUGCCCAAAGAGAAAAUACCAUCUACAUUUCUGAAACUUCUCGAGACUUUAUAAUUGAUGGCCUAUCAGUAGAGAGAAACCAUAUUCUUGUUAGAAUAAAUCAUGUUGGUGGACCAACGGAACGGAUCUUGCCUCCAAGAAUAUUGCAUAAGGGUGAUGAUCCAUAUCCUUGGCCCAUGUUUUCAUCAUAUCCUUUACCAACAUGCUAUCUUGCUGAAUUUCCAAGAAAAACUGACACAAGGCAAGAUGGCGAUGCUAGCAAGCUUGCAUGUGCUUUAAAUAAUCCAGAUAAACCGCUGGAAUUGAUUGAAAAUAUUCAAAGACAGUUUUGUGAAAUCAUGGAAAACAAACCUACUGUUAUGAGUGGAACCAAUUUGGCAGAAUUAAUGGAAAUGUUUGUCUUGCAUCUUUCUGAAACACCAUCAGAAUGUUACUUCACCAGCAGAGAAUGUGAAGCUGAUGCAAAUGUGGAGAUCAAAACUCUUUCAUCUGUACAGCAGCUUGGCAUUAAAAUGACAAUCAGUUCCCCUCUGGGGAUCCUGCUCAGAAGCCAUGCACCUGCUGUAAACUGGACGGAGAGUGAAUAUUGUGCAAUGCGGUUAUCAUAUAUUUUCUUGGUAAUCCUCACAAGACGACCUGUAUAAAAUAGACCAGUGUCCCACACUGGAAUGACCUCCCCUUACAGAUAUGACAGGAACCUACAGCGCAGAUGUUCUGCUGCUGGUAAAAACUUUUCAUUUGAUAUGGGCGUUCCUGGACUCUAAUCCUUAGUACCAGCUUUACUGAACUCUAGAUAGUUUGCUUUAUUUUUUAUUGUACUAUAUUUAUUUGUAAACAACCUUGUCAUUUUUUUAUCCUGAAAAGUUGUCAGUAAUUUUUAAAGAAAUAAAUAUUCCAUUAUUGCCAUUGAAAAGGAGGGCAGGCUGAGGUGAAGAGUUAAAGGCUCGCCUAAGUCACCCCAGUGACUUCAUAGCUGAGAUUUAUAAGGAAUACUGAUUUUCUUACCAGUAUAUAAUUCCUGGUAUGGUUUGUAUGUUUUUCAUUCCUUUAAGUAAGUUUGAAUUGUAUAUUUCAACAUAAUUACCAUAAUUGUUGUUUUCAGAAUAGAUUUGAUAAAGGUCAUUUAGCUUGUCCUUCAAAACUAGGAAUUUGCUUUUAUUCUUUUUUGUUCCACUGAAGGGAUUAAUAAUGGUGUUCAGACACAUUGAAUGUAAUUUAUUUGAGGUUGGUUAUUUGCUCUACCCCGGAGGCCUAGUGCAGGUUAAAAAAUAUAUAACCAGAUUACACAAAAAGAAAAGUGCUUGAUUACUACUAUGAUAAAAUAAACCCCCUAACUGAAUACAAAAAUCAUGUUUUGUUUUGUCUUGAAACCAGUUAACAAUUUGAAUUAACCUGGUGCACCAAAGGCCACCCCAAACUAGAGAGUGCUUCUAGAUGAUUAGGUUCUGACUAGCAGACAUUUCAGGAGUGAGAAUUUUAUAAUUGUAUGACUUCUACUGAGAAGGUCUAUCUAAAGGUCCCUGUUGGUCACAGUAGGAGCAAUAGUGAAAUAGAAGAACAUUCUUGGUUAUUUUACAAUAUAAGCUUAGGAACUUUGCAAGACCCUUGUGACAUCUUUAUGACAUUAGGUGAUUGACAGGUGGGUGGCCCUACCCUGCUCUAUAUUCUCCUGCCAAGCCUUUGAAAUGAGCUAGGUUGGUCCUUCUGACAGUACCACCAAAAAUGUAAUUAGAGGCUUCUCAGCGCUGGUUCCAUCAGUUAAGGAAUGUCCCUCUCUCCAAGACUGAGCUGAUGCCAUUCAUUUCCAUUGCCAGCUGAAUUGCUGUCUCUUCCAUCAUGCUUUCUAAAUAUCUCUGUGUAGUCACACAGUUACAGAGAGUAGGUAUAGGCAACCAUAUGGGUUUUCUUUGAUGAUUUUAACAGUAUUUUAGUGCUUUAUCAUAUUGUAACUUUUUUGUAACUCACCUUGAGAUAAGUUGUGAUGAAGGGCAGGAGAUAAAUAAAUGAAUAAGUUCACACCAGGCUUUAGGAGUGAGCAGUAGCUCAUUUGGUAGAGCAUGAGACUCUUAAUAUCAGAAUCAUGGGUUUGAGCUCCACAUUGGGCAAAAUAUUCCUGCAUUGCAGGGAAUUGGACUAGAUGACCCUCAUGUUCCCUUCCAACGCUACAGUUCUUUGAAUCUGUGGUCACCUUGAUUCAUUAAAUCAGCCAGGCCUCUGCCCUUUAGGGCUUUUAAAGUCAUGAACAACAGUGUGAAUUCUACAUGGUAAGGUAACAGGAAGCCAUUGCUUCCCUCAAGCCAUUCCUCAUAGGAAGUGCAGUAACAGGAGUAUCAGAUAUUUUAAAAACAUCUUUAUAAUACAUACUAUUAUUUUUGUAGUAAGCUGUUCUAGUAUGAGUAACCAAGCUCUGAACACUAUAUUUUUACCAAAAUACUAUUAACAGAUGCUUUAAUAAUUCCAUAUUAAUUCAACUGAGACCUAGUAAUCUUCUUCCUUGCUCUUGAACCACUAAUGUUUCAUUCAUUUAUUUAAACUAUCAACACAUUUCCAUUGUAUAUGCUUUAUUUGAUCUUCCUAGAAUGAAUAAUAAUCUAAAUCAACAUAAUGUGCAUUUUAAAGCUGACUUAAGCUGUGAACAGUGGGGUGCAAAUGGAAGCCUGAAGCAAAGCAGAAUGCUUUGUGGAAGAAUUUAAUAAGUUUUUAUACUAAAAAUGUCUAGUAUCAAUG